GAUGAGAAAAACCAGCUGAUGACGACCAACGUCUGGUUGAAGCAGGAAUGGAUAGAUGUGAAAUUAAGAUGGAAUCCUGACGACUAUGGUGGGAUAAAGAUUAUACGUGUUCCUUCGGACUCCCUGUGGAUCCCAGACAUCGUUUUGUUCGAUAAUGCAGAUGGACGUUUUGAAGGGGCCAGCACGAAAACAGUUGUCAGGUACAACGGCACUGUCACGUGGACGCAACCAGCAAACUACAAAAGUUCUUGCACCAUCGACGUUACCUUUUUCCCGUUUGAUCUCCAAAAUUGUUCCAUGAAAUUCGGCUCGUGGACGUACGAUGGAUCCCAGGUUGAUAUAAUCCUAGAGGACCAAGACGUCGACAGAACAGACUUUUUCGACAAUGGAGAGUGGGAAAUCGUGAGCGCGAUGGGGAGCAAGGGGAACCGGACGGACAGCUGCUGCUGGUACCCCUACAUCACGUACUCCUUUGUGAUUAAGCGGCUGCCUCUCUUCUAUACCUUGUUUCUUAUUAUCCCCUGCAUUGGGCUCUCAUUUCUGACCGUGGUUGUCUUCUAUCUCCCUUCAAACGAGGGUGAAAAGAUCAGCCUCUGCACCUCAGUGCUCGUCUCUCUGACCGUCUUCCUUCUGGUUAUCGAGGAGAUCAUACCGUCGUCUUCCAAAGUCAUACCCCUGAUUGGGGAGUACUUGGUGUUCACCAUGAUUUUCGUGACCCUAUCCAUCAUGGUGACUGUCUUUGCCAUCAACAUCCACCACCGCUCUUCCUCCACACACAACGCUAUGGCGCCCUGGGUUCGUAAGAUAUUUCUCCACAAGCUUCCCAAGCUGCUCUGCAUGAGAAGUCAUGCGGAUAGGUACUUCACUCAGAGAGAAGAAGCCGAGAGUGGGGCUGGACCUAAAUCUCGGAACACUUUGGAAGCCGCACUCGAUUGCAUUCGCUACAUCACGAGGCACGUCGUGAAAGAGAACGACGUCCGCGAGGUUGUUGAAGAUUGGAAAUUCAUAGCCCAAGUCCUUGAUCGGAUGUUUUUGUGGACGUUUCUUCUGGUGUCAAUCAUUGGGACUUUAGGGCUUUUUGUUCCUGUUAUUUAUAAAUGGGCCAAUAUAAUAGUCCCAGUUCACAUUGGAAACACAAUUAAGUGAGACCAAGAAAUUACCCUGUGGAUUUAGUGAGCAGUCAUGCAGCUCUUAGGACAUGUAUGCCGUUAUGGAAAUGUGAAGGUAGUUACAAUUUGACGUAGGCUAUAACAGAUUAGCAAUUUCUAACAUUGGCUUAAUGUUGUCCAUUAGAACUGCAGUAAUAACCUCGAAUAGCAACAACACAUUGCCUGCACUAGCGAAGGCCUAGCAUCUGCAUCCUGGCAAACCCUACCAAUUUGCAACCAAUGAUGAAGGCCAUCUUUGGAGUGCUGAAAAACUCAACUGUGUUUGAAGACUAUUUAAAACUUCCUCCAAAUUUAGUAAAAGCAUAUAUAUGUGUGGUUUUGAAUUUUCAGAAUGGGUCUUUGGGUCUUGUUAAAUUGUCCAGGCUAGCACAAAACCUCCUGAGUAGCUAGGACCAUGGGUGUGCUCCACUUUGCCCUGUUCUGUAUUCACAGAUAUAAAAUACAUCAUACUUUUAUAGGAGGUAGGCCCAUUACUUGGUUUAAUAAUAACUUAAUGUCAGUUAGGUUUAAUUAUAACCUUAUGUCAGCUAAUGUUCUAUUGCUGUGAAGAGACAUCAUGACCAUCAACUCUUAUAAAGGAAAACAUUUCAUUGGUGCUGGCUUACAGUUUCUGUGGUUUAGUCCAUAUCAUCACGGUGAAAGCGUGAUAGCAUCCAGGUAGACAUAAUGCUGGACCCAGGAGUUCUCUACAUCUGGAUCAGCAGGCAGCAGGAAGAGAGAGUGAGCCACUGGACCUGGCUUGAGCAUCUGAAACCUCAAAGCCCACCUCCAGUGACACACUUCCCCCAACAAGGCCACACCUCCUAAUAGUGCCACUUGCUGGUGAUCAAGCAUUCAGUCUAUGGGUCUAUGAGAGCCAUUCCUAUUCAAACCACAUUUAAUAGGAUGCUAUUCUUUACUGACAUUUUUAAUAAGUGACAAAUGGUAACUAGAAACACCGUAGGUCCACUGUACUCGUUAUACGGUAAUAUGGAAUGGCUUUUGUGUUAACUAGUUUUACAGCCUAUCUGAAAACAUGCAACAGGCAACUCCUGCAGACACAUUCUUUGUAAUGACUUUAUAAUCCUGCAGUGGCAUGUUCCUGUAAUGACUUCAGUCUCCUCGUCCGCACUCUCCGGUUAGUAGAGCCAUUUAUGUACGUCACGUAUCCCUGAUUUCAGAGCAACGGUGCAGUUGCACAGGUUCCCACCUCAAAAUGGGGUGCCAUGACUCUGUCUGGAUAAUUCUGUGGAAAAACCAUUCUGAGCUGGAUACGGUGCCUCACACCUGUCAUGUCUACUUACAGGAGGCAGAGGCAGGGGAAUUGCUGUGAGUUGUUGGUCAGCCUGGGUUACAGUAUGAGACCCUGUCUCAGAAAACCAAACAAAAAUUUCCCCUGUGAGUUGAUGUAAGCACACUGUCAUAUCUUAUAAUGUCUGAGUUACCUUUCACCCCAAUUAUAGUGGUCAAAUCUUAGAGCAAAGUGCUUUAGAUAUAGUCUAGCUGGCCUAUCACUAGGUAUGACAUCAGUCGGUACAGUGUAAUGUAUCGUGGGUAAAGUAGUCAAGCUUCAUCCCAAGUGCCCCAGCUCAGGAACAACCCAAAAGCUUGUGUUUGAGUCAGAACUCUUAGUUGUAAAGUUAGCAACACCCUUGCUUACUAAUAAUAUAUCAACGGCUUAAAUUCAAGUCCGCAUACUUUGGAAGGCAGGAUGGGCCCUGCCAAGUUUUAUUUUACUGUGAUUACUGUGCUCACUACUGUUAGAGUGAAUGAAAGUCUGCUGUACGUCAGUAAAUGUCUCUCAAAGGCUCAUUGUUGAAAGCUUGGUCAUGGUGGUUCGGGGAGGCAGUGGGAUCUUUAGGAGUAGAGAGAGGCUCUAGCAGAGGAAAGUUAGGUCUCUAGGGAUGUGCCAUGGAGGGCAUUGAGACCCCAGCUCUUCCUUUUGCUUCCCAGCCACAGUGAGGUAGACAGCUUGGCUCUGCCGUGUUCCCCAGUGUUCUGUGCCGUCUUGACACCGACCUCAAAGCAAUGAGCCGAGCAGUCAUGACCUAAGGCCUCUGCGAGUAAGAGCAGCAGCAGAGCUCUCUCAAUUAUCCAAGUAUUUUCCCUAUAGCAACAGAGAGCUAAUAGAGUAUCAGUACCCCAAAGUGGAAUCUGUGGUGCGACUUUUGCUGUGGAGUCUACUUCUAGUCAUUCUAGACUUAAAAAAAUUAAAAGGUAAGAAUAGAACAAAGAGACAAUUCUACCUAAGUUCAGCUUCGAAAACCAAUGAGUUUACUGUGGCUACUUAUAGGAACAUGGGGGAGGAUCUCUUCCAGUGUCAUGGAUGCCUUGAGAAACUGAACUAAGGAAAGGCCUCCCUAGCCUGAGUAACCACUUUUACAACCUGCAGAUAACAACAACCCCACAAUUCCCCCUUUCCAGCAAUUGUUUGCUGUUUAUAUAAACUCGGGAAUGAAUCUUGGA